GAAACUUUGGAAGCACCUCAGGGACCGCUUCGUCAAAGAAAAGAAAAAAUUUCCCUCGGGUGCUGGUGCACCUAUCAGCAAUUGGGUGCAUUUUGAUGCCAUGCUGUUUUAUAACAAAUUUACAAAGAAAAGAAAGACAUUUACUGCCACUAAAAAAACCCCUAUUAGUAGACCAUCAUCGUCAGCCUCUGUGUGGAGCACAGUUACGAUGGAGAGUGUAACGUCUCCAGAAAGUAGAACGGAAAGCCCCCUGGAAGAGGCAACCAGUCCUGGAAAUUUCACUGAGGAGGAAGAACAACCAGUGGCCGAUCCUAGUGGCAUCAAAAGGAAGCUGCCGACUGGUAGGACGCCCACCACACCUAUUGGAGUACAAGGACGCAAAAAAAAAUUAACAAGGAGGAAAAACUGGACGAAAUUCUGGGAAUGGCUAAGUCAAUCACUAUUGUUUUUGGAAAUAGGCAGGCCGUUCCCAGUAACGCAAACAGCACGUUUGUGCAGUACUUGUAUGAAGAGUUAGAGAGGAUGCCAGCCGAAGAAGCUCUGCAAAAGCGAAAACAAAUAUUAUUGCUAUUAUUCAAUGAUGAAUAA